AUGGCGGACACGAUGGAAGGCGUGGUGAGCACUACGCAGGAACAGCCGGAAGUUCAGAACGACGACACAAAAACUGUUGACGAUAUUCUGAGCAAUUUUGGCCUUCUCGAACGAGCCGUGGCAGAGUUUGAUGCUCGGUUUACCCUACGUGCCCUCCGCUCGAUAUCGUCCCUUCGGAAACGCCUUUCGCCAACAGUCUUGUGCCAGGCGAUUGCAUCGACUUAUCCCCCAAAUAGUCCGACAGCCAGAACGCUUUGCCAGGCGACGGGCGUCGACGAUGCUACUCUUCAGACUCUCCUAUCUCAGGCGGAGCAGAAAGCCCGAGAAGACAAACACAACUCAAGAGAUCCAAAGGAAGUCGUUCCAGAGAUUGACAUCUACAUCGGCAUUCUGAUACAAGUAUAUCUAUACGAUAACAAGCAUCACCAAACCGGCGCCGAGUUCUCGUCUCGGCUGGUGGACAGAAUCCGUGAGCUCAAUCGCCGCACGCUGGAUUCGCUGGCCGCUAAGGCGUAUUUUUACUUUGCGCUCUUUCACGAGGCUCUAGACCCAAAACCUCCUUCUCGACAGUCGCCUGUUACCUCCAUUCGCGGAAAGCUAUUAGCUGCUCUACGCAGCUCGGUGCUCCGCAAAGACCAGGACACACAGGCCGCAGUCCUCACCCUUCUACUUCGCAACUAUAUCUCGACAGCCGAUAUCACGCAGGCAGAUCUUUUGGUUGCUCAGACCCAGUUCCCUAGCACAGCCCCGAACAACCAGGUCGCGCGGUACCUCUACUAUCUCGGGCGGAUACGGGCCGUGCAACUCUCAUACACAGAGGCACAGGCUCACCUCACAAGCGCCACCCGCAAAGCCCCGAGCAGUGCAGUGGCUGCAGGCUUUUAUCAGUCGUCUACCAAAUUCCUUGUCGUCGUUGAGCUGUUGAUGGGAGACAUCCCGGACCGUGCGGUCUUCAGCCAGCCUAGACUCGAACGGGCGCUUGAACCAUACUUCCGUCUUGUACAAGCUGUCCGCGUUGGCGAUCUUCAUGCCUUCCAGCAGGUUGUGCAGACUCACUCGAAGAGCUUCCACCAGGACGGGACUUAUACCUUGAUCCUCCGCCUGCGGCAGAACGUCAUCAAAACCGGCAUCCGCAUGCUCUCCCUUUCUUACUCUCGCAUAUCGCUUCGCGACAUCUGCAUCCGGCUUGGUCUGGAUACGGAGGAGUCGGCAGAGUACAUUGUCGCCAAAGCCAUUCGUGAUGGCGUCAUCGAAGCUACUAUCGACAGUGAGAAGGGCUACAUGGAGACCAAGAAGGCGGGUGACGUCUAUGCUACUAGGGAGCCCGCUGAGGCUUUCCACGAGCGCAUUAGAGCUUGCUUGACUAUCCACGACGAGUGCGUCAAGGCGAUGCGUUACCCGAUGAACCAGCAUAGACUUGAGCUGAAGAACGCUCAAGAGGCACGCGAGCGCGAAAGGGAGCUGGCCAAGGAGAUCCAAGAUGGAGAUAUCGACGAGGAUGAUGCGGCGGGUGACUUUGAGGGGUUGUAG